GGGCCUCCAGCGCAAGGCUCAAGGCGACGGUUCGGUACAUGUGGGCGCCCCAGAGGAGGGAGGAGAGAAGCGCCUUGUGGCGGAACGCACUGCUUUGCGGCGCAUGUUCCGUCUGGUGGCCGUCCGAGCGAGACGAGCUCUCUCCGUGUCUCUGGUACCGUGUUGGCUCAGCCAAUUCGCAUCAAGUUCUUCUACGGUUGAACCGAUCCCUUUCCCGACCGCAAUUCCGGCAAACUUCUGGUCUCGCCAACUCAGGCAUCUCGCACUUGCCUGCAUCAGUGCCGAUGGUGCUUCGCCGCUGCUUGCUCUUGCUUGUCGUGGUCAUGCCAGCACGGGCGACUACGUGCGGCGCAAAGAGUAGGUCCACUGUGGAGGCAGCCAGCGGGCGCAUCGUCGGGGGGCAGAACGCAGCCAAGUGCGAGUGGAAGUGGCAGGUCUCCCUCUCUGACGGGGGGUUCCACUUCUGCGGAGGAACGCUCAUCGCACCGAAUUGGGUCCUGACGGCUGCUCACUGUAUGGGGGGCUCGUUCGACGUCGUGGCGGGCAGCUGGAGACAGUACAGAACAGAUUCGGAACAGGUGACGCUGGCGGUGAAACGCGUGAUCCCACAUCCGCUCUACAACGCUCAGGAGGAGUCGCACGAUUUUGCCCUAGUGGAGUUGGAAGAUGCCGCGCCAUUGAAUGAUUGCAUUGGGGUCGCAUGCUUGCCAACUGAGGACGUCGCUGUCGGUGAGGAGUGCUUCAUCACCGGGUGGGGUACACUCUCCUCGGGGGGGAACUCCCCUAACAAGCUGCAGGAGGCGCAGGUGACGAUCUACAGCAAUGCAGACUGCGAUUCUGCAUACAGCAAUUUCGGUUGGACGAUCACCGAUGACAUGUUGUGCGCGCAGGGCACGAACAACCAAGGGGAAAACACAGACGCCUGUCAAGGGGAUAGCGGCGGCCCCCUCGUCUGCGAUUCCGGCAGCGGUGCUUACGUCCUGCACGGAGCCACUUCGUGGGGCUACGGGUGUGCCGUUUCAGGAUACCCUGGAGUUUGGAGUCGGGUCAACUAUGUGCGUGACUGGAUCGACAACGAGAUGUUAGGUGCGCCAACACCAGCGCCACUUCCCAUAUGCAGCAACGGCGGCGGAUGGGGGCGGCGGCGGCGGAGUUGCGGCCCCCUGUGCGGAGGUGGCGGGCGGCGGCGGUCGUCUUGCGUUCUCGGGCCAGUGGCAGCGCCAACACCGGCACCAGCGCCAACACCAGCGCCAACACCAGCGCCAACAUCAGCGCCAACAGCGCCACUUGCCGUAUGCAGCAACGGCGGCGGAGGGGGGCGGCGGCGGCGGAGUUGCGGCCCCCUGUGCGGAGGUGGCGGGCGGCGGCGGUCGUCUUGCGUUCUCGGGCCAGUGGCAGCGCCAACACCGGCACCAGCGCCCCUCACGUGCGGCGCAAAGAGUAGGUCCACUGUGGAGGCAGCCAGCGGGCGCAUCGUCGGGGGGCAGAACGCAGCCAAGUGCGAGUGGAAGUGGCAGGUCUCCCUCUCUGACGGGGGGUUCCACUUCUAGGAACGCUCAUCGCACCGAAUUGGGUCCUGACGGCUGCUCACUGUAUGGGGGGCUCGUUCGACGUCGUGGCGGGCAGCUGGAGACAGUACAGAACAGAUUCGGAACAGGUGACGCUGGCGGUGAAACGCGUGAUCCCACAUCCGCUCUACAACGCUCAGGAGGAGUCGCACGAUUUUGCCCUAGUGGAGUUGGAAGAUGCCGCGCCAUUGAAUGAUUGCAUUGGGGUCGCAUGCUUGCCAACUGAGGACGUCGCUGUCGGUGAGGAGUGCUUCAUCACCGGGUGGGGUACACUCUCCUCGGGGGGGAACUCCCCUAACAAGCUGCAGGAGGCGCAGGUGACGAUCUACAGCAAUGCAGACUGCGAUUCUGCAUACAGCAAUUUCGGUUGGACGAUCACCGAUGACAUGUUGUGCGCGCAGGGCACGAACAACCAAGGGGAAAACACAGACGCCUGUCAAGGGGAUAGCGGCGGGCCCCUCGUCUGCGAUUCCGGCAGCGGUGCUUACGUCCUGCACGGAGCCACUUCGUGGGGCUACGGGUGUGCCGUUUCAGGGUACCCUGGAGUUUGGAGUCGGGUCAACUAUGUGCGUGACUGGAUCGACAACGAGAUGUCUGGUCGGCGGCUGGUUAAUGGGAGCGACCCCCAGGCAGAUGACCUCGACUGGAACGACGAGCUGGCAGUGGUGCCAGAGGCCAGGCAGAUCAGCAACGUGGGCACCGAUCUCUUCUACGCGUAGCUUCGUGCAUCCGCCCAGCACGCUGAAGAGGAAGAGCGCCAGCGCGAGCGCGAAGUGAGGUACCGUCGGUCCCGCAGUUUAAGGGCGCACGGGGGAUGUGGGGAACAUGUUUAUAUUUCCUCCAAAAUCUGCCUGUCGGGGGACAUGCGGUCGACCGCCUGGAGAGGGAGCGCAUACCACUCGUACUGUCACCUCCGCCCGGAGGGCUGGUGGUUUUCUCCCUGGCCCUUGAGGAAGGGUCUCGGCGCUUUCAGAACCCGGGGGGCCAGCGGCAGGGGCAUUCCCCUGCUUGCCGUGGGCCUCGUAUCUCCUCGGGCCACCUCGGGCGAUCCACUCGGCCCCGACCCGUGCACCAGAACUCCGAGCACGUGCUCGAGCUAUUCAGACUCGGCUCGGCGGUGGAACCGCGACCGAGCGGGAGCUGACAGCAGGGAGCCCACCGAGGACCCAGACUGUGCACCCCUUCAGGGGGCGCGAGGGUUUUUCCAGGGGGGGCCUCAUCCCUGAGAUCCGACACCGCGAAGAUGCUUGCUAGGAUCUCAGGGAUUGGAUCUCAGGAGUCGGCUCCGGGAGUCUUCCUGGCUGUUUUUGUUUCUCUGUUGGCCUCGCCUCCACUUGCGAGUUCCGGACACCGAUCGACAACGCCGCCUCCAGCGUAAUUUCUUUUUGGGCAGUCUGCCGCAGCCUCAUAAAACCUGACAUACAACAAUUACCCCACGUCGACCUCCCGC